AUGAGAGGCUAUGCGACGCCCGAAUGGAUGAAUCUCUUGGGCUGCACCUUUCGUAUCGAUCCGGAAUACUUCCGUCGACACCUUGGUUUCCUGCAGCUGUACGAGCUUUUCGACAUGCCAGGCUUGCCCUCCGCAUCCACUAACUUUGUGAGCUUGCCUUUGGUCACGAACGCGACCCGGGGCAGUGGUAUUGGGGAUGAUGGAAUGACGGCCGGCGUGGACUUGAGUCGAGCUCGGGAGGAUGUGAACAUGAAGAUAGGCAUGCAUCUACGCCAGCUGGAGCGGAAUAGUGGCAUGGGCCAGUCCAUCAUCCGAAAGAUCCACGUCCACAGCACGAAAUACUACUCGGUCGAACAGGAGCUUUCGAUUUCGAUUGAGCCCAAGAGUGGAGGCUGGAUAGCAAUUAUCUGGCUGGAUUGUGGCAUUGAUGUGCUCGAGAAGCAACUCCGAGAAUGGCUCGCGUUGCCCACAACAUCGCAACCACUGCCACACGAUCUCUUGCCCGUCUUUCAGUUUCGAGAGAAGAAUGCGGCCAAAGUCGACGACUCGGCGCCCGACGGUCGUCGACCAAGCUAUCCGCUGCGACGGGACACCAGUGGACAUCACGUACGCCGCAGCCCCGGGGGCGCGGUGGCUCAGAGUGCCAAUCUCUUGCACAGUCACUAUGGCCAGACACUGGACCCGAUGAUCGUGCAAACCGACGCCUUCUACGCCGUCUCCGAGCUCUUUGCCUUCUCGGCUUAUUCCGAGAGCCACUUUCUGAAUCUGUUGGGCUUGACCAUCGACAGCGAACGGCACCCACCGCUGGAUAAGAUGUCCGCCUCGCUCGCAAACCUCGAGGCGACGAGAAACAUGCUCGAGGAACACAUCCGCAAACAAGAAGCCACCAUUGCGGCAAUUCAAUCACGAGGAAGCUCCACCUGGCCGCGAGCCACGAAUGCUGACCACAUCAAGAUCGUGAAUGACAAGGUCAAGACACUGCUCCUCGACUGGAAUCAUCUCCUCACCCGCUCGCAGAAUAUGCGUGCUCAGUGCAUGGAUUCCACAAACCUGCUGAUGAACCAGGCCAUGCUGGCUGAAGCGCAGCGAAGUAUUUCUCAGGCCCAAGGUCUCGCAAGGCUGACACUGUUGGCCUUCUUUUUCGUCCCUCUUUCUUUCACCACGUCCUUCUUCGGCAUGAACUUUUCCGAAAUCAUAGACGAUCACGGGCCGAAGCUCAGCGUGUAUGUGUGGUUCGCGGUGUCUGUGCCCCUGUUUGCCGUGUCCCUCUCCUUUCUUUUUUGGGGACAUAUCACAACCUACCUGGCCCAAAAGGGAAUUUGA